UAACGGCCACCACCAUCUUCACAUAACCACUACGGCUACUGUAAGAGCAACACAGUAUUUUAUCCGACUUUGUGACCGCUCACUGCAGGCCUGAUGAUGCAGGGACUGGGGAAGACGGAGAGAGGAGAGCAGGGCCGCGACAUCGACUUGGCAUCAAUGAGGUCAACCAUGCCAGCCAGCGGCCCUCUGCAGGGAGGUUCCAUCCCUAAUGUCAAUAUGAACCUUUACGCCACCAAAAAGACAGCAGCUGAAGGGAUGCUGGACAUCGCUCUGUUCCUGGCCAAUAUCACACACAUGAAGACUGUCAUUGAACAAGGAGCUGGAUAUCGGUACUAUGCAGCUGUGCUGACGCUCAUCUCCUUCUCCCUGGCUCUUCAGAUCAUAGCCGGUGUCCUGAUUAUUAUAAUUGCCCGCAGGGACCUGAAUGUGGUGUCCAAUCAGAAGCGACUCGACUACCUGAAUAACCUCACCACAGGCGUCAUCUUUGCCACAACUGUGGUCAACUUCUUUGUUAGUUUCUUCGGAUCCAAGAGGACGGGCUUCUUCCGCUGGCUGCUGGCUAGACUCCACUUCUGACUCGAGCAAUGCUGCAAACUCAAUCUUAUGUUCGCUGAUACAGUAGUUCAGCCAUCAAGAAAACUUCUCUCCAGCAUUGAUGUUUUAUAUUAAAUGAACACCUUGAUUGAGGAGUUGGGACGAAGUUCAGGCAAAUACAUGAACAAUUCAAUUUUUUGAAUCUUUCUUUUUAUUCAAGCUUUGUAACUGAAAACUGUAAUCCAUCUUAACAUUUAUAUUUUUACAAAUGCAUUUGUGGUUCUCUGCUUUGCGUAAAUAUAAAAAAUGUGUGACUUUCAUAGUUUUUAGACUUUUAUACAAAGGUUGCAUCUAUUAUCUUUUGAUUAUAAUGUUUUAAUAAAUGCCUUUACUUACAUAUAAGCUAACUUAAAAAUAAGAUUAAAUUCAAAAGCAAUGCUUUAUUGGGUUCCGCAUUAGUGAGAAAUCACAGUUAAUAUCUUUAAACUUUUACCUCCAGUAUCCUGAAUAAAGCAAAUAACUUGAAAAAGAACCUGAGUUGUCCUUAAACUGCAGUUUGCCUGUGAAAAUGAUGAAAUAA